AUGAAUCCUGGUCAUCACGAGCACGAGACAUCUAUCGACUCGGCUGCUGCCGCCGUCGCUACAGAAGAGGAACACUCUCUAACAGUUAUUGAAGCGUUCAGACGAUACCCUGGCGCAGUAUUCUGGGCAAUAGCCAUGGAGCUUACCAUCGUCAUGGAAGGCUAUGAUACUAUACUUAUCGGCAACUUGUUUGCCUACCCUUCUUUCGCGGCGAAGUAUGGUACCUAUUACCCUGAUCUCGACCAGCACGUCAUUUCAGGCCCCUGGCAGGUUGGCCUUGGAAACGCAGCUUCGUGUGGAGCUGUCAUUGGUCUGAUUAUCAAUGGCUAUGUCACAGAACGUUACGGUCACCGCAUCGUCACGAUGUGCGCCUUAGCUGUCAUGUCUGGACUGAUCUUCAUCAGCUUCUUCGCACCCAACAUUGGUGUGCUCACGGCGGGUCAAGUUCUAGUUGGCAUACCCUGGGGUAUCUUUGCCAUUAUGGGGUCGGCCUACUCCUCUGAGGUUUGCCCUCUGGCCUUGCGAGGAUACUUGACAUCAUUCGUCAAUAUUUGUUGGGUUAUCGGUCAGCUCAUUGCUGCCGGUGUGCUUCAAGGGCUAGUAAACAACACAACGCGUUGGGCAUACCGGAUCCCAUUCGCCAUCCAAUGGGCUUGGCCAGUACCUCUCUUCCUCCUCGCACUAUUUGCCCCGGACUCCCCUUGGUGGCUUGUUCGUAGUGGUAAACUAGACAAAGCCAAGAAGUCUAUCCGCCGCCUUGCCCCAGGACUCUCGCAGGACCAGGUUGACCAAAAGCUAGCGAUGAUGGUGCACACUAACAACUUCGAGCAAGCUGUCAAAACCGAAUCUAGCAAUUGGGACUGCUUCAAAGGCACCAACCUCAGACGCACCGAGAUCGCUUGUAUGGUGCUCUGCUCACAAACUUUGCCGGGGCAGGCUUUUGCCUACCAACCUACGUAUUUCUUCACCCAGGCUGGAUUAGCUGCAUCCGAUGCAUAUAAACUCAAUUUUGGUGCCAUGGGAAUUGCCUUCGUCGCAACAUGUGUAUCAUGGGUUUUAAUGACCUUCUUUGGUCGCCGAACUCUACUCCUCGCUGGGUUGACUGGUUUGUGUAUUGACCUAUUGAUCAUCGGCACCGUAUCAUGGGCGCCAGCUCAGGCAACUGCUACCUGGGUACAAUCUGGUUUUGCUCUGGCAUGGCUUGGCAUUUACUCGUGUACUAUUGGACCUCAGUCAUUUGCCCUCGCAGCCGAGGUGUCUGCCACCAGGCUCCGUUCGCAGACAAUAUCAAUCGCUCGUAAUGCGUACAAUGUCAUCAACAUUAUUGACAACACGGUCGAGCCAUAUCUGAUCAACCCAACAGAAGCAAAUCUGAAGGGUAAGACAGCCCUCGUAUGGUUCGGUGUCGCCUUUCUGACGACCAUGUGGGCCUUCUUCCGUCUUCCUGAGACGAGAGGUCGGACAUACGAAGAGUUGGACGUGCUUUUUGAGAAACGCAUUCCAGCUUGGAAGUUCUCAUCUCAGAGCAUGGAUGUCAUUGCCGAGACGGAGGUUAUGCAGGGCGGUCGCCAAAAAAUGGCAGUUGAACAUGUAGACUAA